CAUAGCCCCAAAGUGUUGUGGAUGUAGCUCCGUAACCGGUUUGGCUCAAGGCUUGUAUCGUGGUACAGUCCGUGAUCGUACAUCACACACCCACCUUGUGUAUCUCGGUUUUCGCGCAAGCGAAUUCUGCCAUUCAGUCCGCAUGGCACACUGGUCCGCGUGGCUGGUGGGGGUACUUCUCCACAGCGUACCUACCGCAGUUUCUCUUCAGACGGGUGCCGGUGGCAACGCGACGGGACAUUUGCAGACAGAUCGCUCGUGGUCUUGUUCCUCGAUCGCAGCCAGCAGUUUCACCUACCAGUACGACUCUUAUCUGUCUGGCAGUACCAUCGUGUUGACAAACAAUCAGGGCAGCCAGCGUGGGCGGGCAUACUACACGUGGGCAAAUUCGGGAGGAUUCAGGAUCAAUUUCGACAUGUGGAUGGGCGGUGGGUCAGGCGCAGACGGAAGGAUGUACAUUGUAAUGUAUUGUCUCUCGCGGGGGGCACGCUUUCUUUUCGCAGGGAGGGGGUAUUGCAUUCUCCCCCGCGGGGGAUAUCGUAUUCUCGCGGGGACGGGGUAUUUUACUGUCCCCCCCGGCAGGGAGUCUUGUGUUGUCGCGGGGAGGGGGAAAUGUUUGGUGUCCCGGUAUCUGCUGAAUGGUGCGUGAGCGUUCGCCAUGCUUGCCCAGGUUCUGCGCCUGCCCAGUGCCGUGCGGGACCCGGUUCUCUGGCCACGCGGGGCCGCCUGCAGUAAUGAUCCUCUUUGCGGGGAGCAAUGUGAUGCCCCUUCGCCACGACGAUGCGAUACCCCAUGCGGGGGCACCAUACCAAGCACGCCCUUCCCUCGACAAUGCAAUACCACGUGCGGGAGAUAAUACCAUACUGUGCUCCGCAGGCGCUGACGGCAUGUGCAUGAAGUACGGCGGUUAUGACUCUGGCGAGUUUGGCGAAUACAUUGCUGGCAGUGGCUCUUCUCUGUAUGCUUCGACUCCUAUUCAAACGGGGAUGAUCAUGGCGUGUUGAUGGGUUGGAAUGGAGGGUCCAUCUUUGAACAGAUAGGUUCGGGCCACUGGACUCACAAAGUGCCCCUCUUCGAGGACUCCACUUGGCAUGACGUCAUUGUGGAGGUCACGCCAAGCGGCAGCGGUGCCAGUGUGAUUCUGAACUUCGACAACGGCUACUACUAUAGGACCGCUACGAUUAAUGGCUACGCGUCGCCCGUUGGUAGUCAGCAGCUGGCCUUCACUGCAAGAACGGGUGGUGCUACCAACUGGCACUAUGUCACGAAUAUCCAGGCGUGCAGCGCCGCGACGCCCAGCCCGACGCCCUACCCGACUGCCUACCCCACUGCCUACCCCACUGCCUACCCCACUGCCUUUCCGACGCCCUACCCGACACCCUACCCGACGCCCGACCCGACUGCCUACCCCACUGCCUACCCCACUGCCUUUCCGACGCCCUACCCGACACUCUACCCGACGCCCUACCCGACUGCCUACCCCACUGCCUACCCCACUGCCUUUCCGACGCCCUACCCGACCGCCUUUCCGACGCCCAGCCCGACGCCCAGCCCGACGUAUCCUCUGGGUUGGCCGACGCCACAUCCGACGUUUCCUGUUGGAGCUCCCAUGGCGGGUGGGGCUGGCGGUGCCGUGGCUGCCACCGGCGAUCCCCAUUUGCAGAACGUUCUUGGUCAGAGGUUCGAUUUGAUGAAACCGGGCAAGCAUGUUCUGAUCAACAUCCCUCGUGGAAGGCACAAGAACGCAUUGCUUCGCGUGCAGGCCGAUGCGCGCCAAAUGGGCGGACAAUGUGCAGACAUGUAUUUCCAAGAACUGAAUAUCACAGGGGAGUGGGUGGAGGCAAAAGGGACGAGCGGUCUCUGUUUCCAAGCUCAGAGUGUGCAUGAUGAUCAGCCGAAGUGGCUGAAGUUUGGGAAGGUGCAGGUGAAAGUUGCCCAUGGGCGCACUGAGGACGGGGCUCAGUAUCUGAACUUCUACGUCAAGCAUCUUGGGCAUUCCGGGUUUGCUGUUGGAGGAUUGCUAGGAGAAGAGGAUCACACGGAGGCAACGAAGCCUUCGGAGGCCUGUGGUCACCGCAACUCCCUUCUUCAGGUAUCGUCCGAGGCGGCUCGAAACGCAACCGUCUUCUCCGUUGCAGAGGCGAGCUUCGCCUGAUGCUCGUGCGGGCGCGGCGAACAGCGGCGGGGCGACCUCUCUCCCGCGGCGCCCCCACCCCGAUGGCCAGAGGGGCUGACCCGCCGCGCAACCGAAGGAGACGGCAAAGAGGAUGGCGAGGCUGAGCGAUCUGAAAUGCGCGGGGCGUGAGGGAACGAGAAGACA